UAUUCCAACAGUCAUCACCACGCUUGAUUAAGGUCUGGCACAUCUGAUUUAAAAAUUGAGCUUUGCGUUUUUGAUAUUAUUUUAUUUUUAUUUAAAGAACUGCAAAACAUGCGUUCUUUUUCAGCCGCCUACACUGCAAGACCCGUCAUAUCCGCUAGGUUGUGUUGUACUGAUGGACUGAAGAACGGGGGAAGCAGUUUGAAUGAGACUGGAAAGAGAGAAAGAGAGAGAGAGAGAGAGAACGAACAGGCGGUAGGCAGUCUUGAGUGAAGAAUGUCAAUGUGCAGAGCAGACUCUAACAGACACGGUAGCGGUCACAAACAGGGCUAAAAACGGCAACUCACAUCCUUGUAAUCCUGUUGCUAAUUGAGAGGCAGGAGGGAGAGGGAAAAGAAGGAGUGGGAGCAGGAGCUGGAGGGGUUAAAUAAAGAAAAGAAGAAAAAAAACAACGAAAGAAAGCGCACUGACUUGAAUGAAUAUAGUAUAAAAGAACUAUCCAAGCGCACUGGGAAGCGGCUGCAAAAUGAUGCGUUAAAUUCCAGCGGAGGACGCCGGAGAGAGCCGACACUGAACAGAACCACAGCCAUGCUCUCCAAACUGACAGAACCUCGUCCAAUCUGCCGGCGGUGAUAACGCACGCCGCACGCACAGCUUGGAAUAUUCAGGCACGUUAAAAGAGAAAUCAAUUCCGGGAGCAAGAUUACUGUACUGUGGCAGCAAUUAAGAAACAGAAGAUAGGGAUUGGGAAAAAAGUGGGGCUGGGUACCUGCCCCUGUUCUCGUGUAAAAACUGUGAAAACUUUCCCCAUGGCUUUGAUCAUGGAACCUGUUAGCAAAUGGACCCCGAGCCAGGUGGUGGACUGGAUGAAAGGGCUUGAUGACUGCCUGCAGCAGUAUAUUAAGAACUUCGAGCGGGAGAAAAUCACCGGGGACCAGCUUCUGCGCAUCACUCACCAGGAACUCGAGGACCUGGGAGUCUCGCGGAUUGGGCAUCAGGAGCUCAUACUGGAGGCAGUGGAUCUGCUGUGUGCACUGAACUAUGGUCUGGAAACGGAAAACCUUAAAACCCUCUCCCACAAACUCAACGCGUCAGCCAAGAACUUGCAAAACUUCAUUAGUGUCCGGAGGAGGAGCGGACACUACGAUGGCAGGACCACGAGGAAGCUGCCCAACGACUUCCUGACGUCUGUGGUGGACCUGAUCGGGGCUGCCAAGAGUCUGCUAGCCUGGCUGGAUAGGGCUUUUCUGAGGAUAAGGAAAAGGUGCUACUUUUUUUUCAGGUCCCCUUUCGCGGCGGUGACGGAUUACUCUGUUACAAGGAACAGCGUCAUCCAGCUGUGCCUGGAGCUGACCACCAUCGUCCAGCAGGACUGCACCGUCUACGAAACAGAGAACAAGAUACUUCAUGUGUGUAAAACCCUCUCAGGAGUGUGUGAUCACAUCAUCUCCCUCUCUUCCGAUCCUCUGGUCUCCCAGUCUGCCCACCUGGAAGUGGUGCAGUUGAGCAACAUCAAACCCAGUGAGGGGCUGGGGAUGUAUAUCAAAUCAACCUACGAUGGGCUGCAUGUAAUAACAGGAACUACAGAAGCAUCCCCUGCAGAUCGAUGCAAGAAAAUCCAUGCUGGAGAUGAAGUGAUCCAGGUCAAUCAUCAGACAGUAGUUGGGUGGCAGUUGAAAAACUUGGUAAACGCACUACGGGAAGAUCUCAGUGGUGUGAUCUUGACUUUGAAAAAGCGACCUCAAAGCAUGCUAACUGCAGCUCCUGCUUUACUAAAGAACAUGAGAUGGAAGCCCCUUGCACUGCAGCCCAUUAUCCCUAGAAGCCCCACGAGCAGCGUGGCCACCCCCUCCAGCACAAUCAGCACGCCUUCCAAGCGGGACAGCUCGGCUUUGCAGGACCUGUACAUCCCUCCCCCGCCCGCCGAGCCCUACACUCCCAGCAGAGACGAGAAGGGAAAUCUCAUCAGCGACGACGUUCCCAGACACCAUGGGGGAGUGCCGGUGGCGAAAGGUUCGGAAUCGCCCAACUCGUUCCUGGACCAGGAAUACCGCAAGCGCAUCACCAUGGUGGAAGAGGACACAGUGCUGUACUGCUAUGAGUACGAGAAGGGAAGGACAGGGGGGCCGAGCCGCAGAGACAGCACGCCUACCUAUGGCAGGCUGAGACCUAUUUCUAUGCCAGUGGAAUAUAACUGGGUUGGUGAUUAUGAGGAUCCGAGCAAGCUUAAGCGAGAGGGGAGACGAGAAACCUCCCUCCUGCGGUAUGUGAGUGAAGAUAAAGUCUCUCAAGAAGAGUACCUGACGCAGAGGAGCAGCAAACGAGACACGGGGAAGAGAUCCAAAAAGAAGGCCGAGAAGGGGGGCAGCCCCAGCCACUAUGCACUGCUGCCCGGUGUGCAGAUGGAAGUGAUGAGGCAAGAAUCAAUAAGCACUCCCAUCCCAGACACAUCCCUGUACCACACAUUUCAACAGUCGUCACUGCACCAGAAGAAUAAAAAGAAGAGCAAAGGGACCGCAGCUGCCAUGAGCAAGCGACGGAUUUCAUGUAAAGACCUGGGUCGCGGUGACUGCGAGGGCUGGCUAUGGAAGAAGAAAGAUGCCAAGAGUUAUUUCUCACAGAAAUGGAAAAAAUAUUGGUUUGUUCUGAAAGAUACAUCGCUUUACUGGUACAUGAAUGAAGAAGAUGAAAAAGCAGAGGGAUUUAUUUGUCUGCCGGAGUUUAAGAUUGACAGGGCCAACGAAUGCCGUAAGAAGUACGCGUUCAAGGCCUGUCACCCAAAGAUUAAAAGUUUCUACUUUGCAGCCGACGGCGUAGAUGACAUGAAUAGGUGGCUCAGCAGACUCAACAUGGCAGCUGCUGGCUAUGCGGAGAGAGAAAGAAUAAAGCAAGAUCAAGAUUACUGGAGCGAAAGUGACCAUGAAGAUACAGAUACCCCCUCGACGCCAAAACAGGACAGCCCUCCACCCCCCUACGACACCUACCCCCGUCCUCCAUCGAUGAACUGUGCCAGCCCCUUCCUGGAGCCGAAGCCCGGCCGGCUGUCCUCCACCGAGACGUCUCAGUCGCACUCGUCCCACGAGGAGUCCCGUCAGGAGCAGACGGACCGGAGCAGCACAGAGUCUCCCGUGCGCAAGUCAGCCAGCCAGCGGCGCUCCUGGCAGGACCUGAUCGAGACCCCGCUCACCAGCUCCGGCCUGCACUACCUGCAGACUCUGCCCCUGGAGGACUCUGUGUUCAGUGAGCCGGCAGGGGCAGGCUCCCCCGAACACCGGAGACAGUGCACUCUGCCCAUGCAGCGCAGCCUGCUGCAGGACCACUACGGACCCUUCCCCCUGGACCAGGCUGAGAGACUGCAAGCGCUGGGCAGCAUCGGGGGCAAACCCCGCAGUUUCACCUUGCCCCGUGACGGGGGGCUCAGCCACUGCCUGACACCCUCCGCCAGCACAUCGGACCACCACAAGGAGCCGGAUCGGAAAGAGAACAACACACCAGAGGAGAAGGGUUCAGAAAGCAAUAAGGAAGAGGAGAAGCCGGCUGACUCCCUGCAGGAUCUGUACCGGGCCCUGGAACGAGCCAGCCUAUCCCCCAUAGGAGACCACCGGCUCUCCACCAAGCUGGAGUACAAGAGGUCCUUCAUCAAGCGCUGCAACGACCCCGUCAUCAACGACAAGCUGCACAGGGUGCGCAUUCUCAGGAGCACUUUAAAGGCUAGAGAGGGAGAAAUAGCCAUCAUAGACAAGCUGCUGGACAAUCCCAAGUUGACCUCCUCAGAGUUUCAGGAAUGGAAACAAGUGUACCUUGAGCUUGUUUUAGAUAUCUGCCAGACCAGUGCCCCUAAAGACCCUGUAAACGGCUCCUCUGACCCAGCCUCCCACGCACCGCCCCUGGCACACACCCACUCCUACAUUGAAACUCACGUCUAAGCGUGCCCACCGCCACAGCCUUCAGACUGCAGGCCUGGCUGCCAUCCACAAACCAUUCGUGAACGUGGACAUCAAUCCUUAACGUUUAUGUUGUGUAAUACAUAUUGUACUGUUUAUUAUAUUUGUCAAUUUUCAAGCGUUUCAACUUAUUUGGUCACGAGGCCAUUGGCAGUGAUGGUACAAUAUUUGGACUGGUGUUUUGUUUCUAUGUUAUUUAACAGUAAUAAAAUGUUGGGGUGGGGAGUACAUUGUUAGACAGCAAACUGGAGCAAGACGUUCCAGUGCUUCAGGCCACGCAGAGUUACUAUGAGAUAGAGCCUACCAUGUAAAAUAAGAGCAUUUUAUCAACUGUUAAUUAAACAGCAAUUCAAUUGGGCUGGAACCCACCAUAGCGCAACUCUACAGUAUGCUGUUCUUCAAUCUGUCCUGCAGUCACGGUUUUGUUUUUUCUAAGUGUUUACAGUGGAGGAGCUCGUGUAUUUUUAAUAAAAAGGUGCAAAAACGUGUGCUGUUAACUGCUGUCCCAUCCGUGGGCACGGCAAUGACAGCAGAGCUUCACGCCUUGUACAUUUCCAGUGUAACCGCUGACUGUAGAAGCUGCUUGUAGGUUUUCUUUGUAACCUCUGCUCAUGAUAUCAUGAGAUACCACAGAUGGGAUCUGGCACAAGCCAUGGGCGAUUGCACUGUUACACUGUGGUUGACACAGGAAAAGCACAGCCGCCUCAAGACGGUACAUGCCACAUGCUAAACGCUUUUAACAGGGGUCAGCUGGACCACCACAGCAGCAGGUUGGUUUGGAUUGUGCUCAGCUGACACGGAAGGAUCUGGAAUCUCGCAGGAUAGAAUGCUCCGAGAAGAAUGUCAUGUAUUUAUUUAUUUAUUUUAAACAAGUGUGUGUGCAGUUUGAGAAUUAUUCAACACAGAUCUUCUAUGUUUCUGUUGCGCACAUUUAAAAAAAAAAAAAAAAAAAGAUUUAAUGACUGAUAAUAGCUAGUUUUUUAGGUCGUGUUUACCUUUUGGGACGGGGAAUUUAAAUUUGGCUGUUUUAGCAUGGGGGGGGCGGUGGUGAUGCAUUCAUUCUGCAAUAAAGAGCCUCGUUUAUUUGAAUAGAAUAUGCGCAUUUAUUUAUAUCUAUGUAUUACAUAAACCUGUCAUUUCCCAAGACAGCUAAUAAGAUCAAUGGAUUGGGUCUUUUUUUUUUUUUAAUGGCGAAGCAGCAGCCGUGCUAGAUUCCAUUGCGUUUAAACUCUGUAGAAUUUACCUGUUUGUUAAACCUGCCAAAAAAUAAAAUAAACGGUUCAUGAUUGAGCAAGUGCAUGAGUUCAUGCCCUUCGAAAAGACUCCCAUGUUAAAAGCUUUGCGCAAAGUACAGUAUAAUAAAGCACAGUGAAAGCAUGGCAAGGCAGAAGUAAGCAUUGUAAAGCACAUUAAAAACCAUGGCAAGCCGUAGUAAACUGGGUUAGCUAUGCAUAGUAUAACCAUGGGUGAAGCAGGGGGAGAAUGGCGGCAUUACUGUGCAGCUUUACUGUGGUAAAGUUUUCUAAAGGUGGCAGAACCUUGCCCACUCGGACUGGGUGGCAUCGGCUUGUCUGAAAAUGGUUGUUAAUCUGCCUGUGUGCCGAUAACUCGAACCACUUCAAUGGGUAUGUUGCUUAUUCACAGAGCAGGCAGCAUUGUUCCUUUCCGUUGAUUGAGUGAGAGUCACAUGAUACCCUGUGUUUUUGUUUUUUUGUUUUUCUCAUCCGACACAAACCUUAAUUUCUGUAUGUUUUUGACUGGUCAGCUUGUUACUUAAUUUGCAUGAACUACAAUUUAUGCUGUUUACAAAUAUCACUAUAUAAUCUCUUAUUACAAACCAUAGGGGGGGAAAAAACAUUGUGGAGAAGGACGCUGUCGUUCGUUUAAUUUCAACGAGUCCUGAUCAGUUUUUCAGGCUUGAUUUAGUUUACUCUUUUUGUUGUUGCAUGUUGUUUUCAGAAGUUGUAUUCCAGUAAAAUGUCGUCUUGUCCGGCUCCCUGUCUCAAGAUAUCCGCUAAGAAGACUAACCCAUAGCAAUGUUUUCAAUUUUCUAAUCGAUUUCAGUGCUUUUGCAAAAUUUGCACAGACACUUAAGGGAGUGGCCUUUUGUUCUCAAAAGUAAUAGCGUGCUCCUAAAUUUGUAUGGAUUUCUGGCUCCAGUGUAAUAUAUUUAUACAUAUUGAAAAAUGAGAUAAUAUAUACAUAUUUAGAGUAAAAAUAUAAAUAAUAAAAAGAUCUUAAUGUAAUGCAUGACUUUCUUAAUAUGUGAGGUUGAACUGCAGCUGCCAAAAACACAGAAUAAACUUUGCAUUCUGUAGUACUGUAUUAUUUUACUGGACCAAAAGUAAAUCUAUUGAUAUAGGAAACCAAGAGUAAUAAUUCUCUCCUGUGGAUGUGUGUCACCGGAUGUUGAGAUGAGUUGGUAUUAAGACUAAGGCUAUUUUUAAAACUACCAAACAAACAUAAAGUUCUGUUGCUAUGCAACAGUCUUUCUGCCUGCACUUUACUCAAGCGAAGGCCUGCGUUAAUGCUUGUGAGAGCUGAAAUGUUAAAAAUCCCUUGAUAAAGAGCAUUUGAAGCAUUAUUGAAUCUAGCAUGGGAUUACUAUACGUUGUACUUAACAUUUGUGUUGAAUGACCCCUGGACCUCCUUUCAGGGGUCUGUUGUAUUACACGUUUUUAUUGUACUGGUUUUCAGCUUUUAAGCACAUGUGGUUAUAACUGGAGUAAAUAAACUUUAAGCUCUUAAACCUC